AUAACCGUGUUGUCAUCAGCGAAGUUUCCUGUAAGGAGUCUCCAGUGGCAGCACUUUGUAAGUCAGGACGUUUUGUUCAGCAGGUGUCGCUUUAAGCUGCUGGUCAUUUUACUGUCGCUGAUUUUCACCUGUUUGGCCUUCGUGAAACCGACACUGAACUCUGUGUGUCUCAUGACUCUGGGGUUCCCCUGUGCAGUGCUGCUCACUACUGAACUCCUCAGGUGUGAGAACCAGCGUGUGUUUAAACUAGGUUUAAUCUCGGCGGUCUGGUGGUUUCUUGCUCUUCUCUGCUGGAUCAGUGACAGGAUGUUUUGUGAAAUUUGGUCCAAAAUGAACCUCCCCUACUUACACUGCGUUUGGCACGUUCUCAUCUGUGUGGCCUCGUACCUGUGCUGUGUGUGUUUCGCGUAUUUCGAUGCUGUAAGCGAGGUUCCAGAGCGAGAGCCGGUUCUUCAGUUCUGGCCCAGUGAGAGCUGGGCUUUCAUCGGGGUUCCUUAUGUCACUCUUCUGAACUCACAUCAAAAAUCCUGCAACAAAACGUGGUGAAGUCUUAGGAAGAGUGUGAAGUUGUAACAGGGUGGUGACACAAUGCAGAGCGAAUCAGUGACAUAAUGAUGCAAUGACAUAAUGAUGCAAUGACACAAUGAUGCAAUGACACAAUGAUGCAAUGACACAAUGAUGCAGUGACAUAAUGAUGCAGUGACAUAAUGAUGCAGUGACAUAAUGACACAAUGAUGCAGUGACAUAAUGAUGCAGUGACACAAUGAUGCAAUGACACAAUGAUGCAGUGACAUAAUGAUGCAGUGGCAUAAUGAUGAAAUGACACAAUGAUGCAGUGAAACAAUGACCCAGUGACACAAUGAGACAGUGACACAAAUACACCAGGACAAAGUGGCACACUGAUAUAGUGACACAAUGACACAGUGACACAAUGACACAAUGACGCAGUGACCCAAGACACAUUAACACAAUGAGGCAGUGUCACAAUUACACCAGGACACAGUGGCACACUGUUAUAGUGACACAAUGAUGCAGUGACAGAAUGAAGCGGUGACAGAAUGACGCAUUCACACGAUGACACACUGAUGUAGUGACACAAUGACACAGUGACACAAUGACAGAGUGACACAAUGAUGCAGUGACCCAAAGACACUAACACAAUGACUCAGUGUCACAAUUACACCAGGACACAGUGGCACACUGUUAUAGUGACACAAUGAUGCAGUGACACAAUGACAGUGACACAAUGAUGCAGUGACAGAAUGACGCAGUGACACAAUGAUGCAGUGACACAAUGACACACUGAUGCAGUGACAAUGACACACUGACACAGUGACACAAUGACGCAGUGACACGAUGACACACUGAUGCAGUGACGCAGUGACACGAUGACACACUGAUGCAGUGACACAAUGACACAGUGACACAAUGACGCAGUGACACAAUGACACACUGAUGCAGUGACAUGGAGAAGGAUGUUUUCAGACAUGAACAUGAUGCAUGAUGACAGAAGUUGAUGUAUCGUUCUACCUCUCACACCAGUUUCUCCUCAAAAUCCCAACAGCUGGAUGUUUGCUUUAAACACACAAUUCAUAUUUGCUAAAACUAUGAAUAUUUCUUAAACAUUUUGCUUUCUAAAUUAAUGUUUAUAUUCUGAUAAAAUAAUGAUGUUCUGUGCUGAUGUGCUGAUGUUCUGAUGUUCUGUUCUGAUGUGCUGAUGUUCUGAUGUUCGGCUAAUACAUAAUAUAGCAAACAUUUUUUAUGUAUAUUCUGACGUGAGACUACAACAUAAAAGCUACAAAUCUUUAUACAUUUGUUUUCAUCACUUUCUCUGAAUAUGUAAAUGAUGAUUUUUAGCUGAAAUUAGAAUUGAUUUCCAUGGCUUGUAGUUUUUGUCCAAGAAUUAAAUUUCAAUCUUUUAUAAAAAUU